AAUCCCACUGUGAUUGUUUUGAAUAUGACAUCUUGGUCGGUUUUUCAAUAACGCAAUCAUUUGUCCUUUUUGGCAUAUGUGAGUUUCCGUAGUAGAAGGAAGUAGCGUUUCACAACCAUCAGGACCGCGGCGUGACAUUCAGCGUUCACCGGUUUGUCCGAGUUGGAGGUUGAGUAAAAGGAGAAAUACGACCACCCUUUGCCCGACCAAGCAGUUGUCAAAAUGAGAGUACUAACAGCGGGGCUGUGUUUGGCUAAAACGCAUCUCCUGGCGCCAGGAAGCGUCACUCUAAAAAAGGUGCUCAUCAACAACUGUCGGACAUGCUCCUCUGGGAUCUUUCCCAACGAGAGGAUCCGCAACAUCGGGAUCUCAGCUCACAUCGACUCGGGGAAGACCACCCUGACCGAGCGCAUCCUCUAUUACACCGGCAAGAUAGCACACAUUCAUGAGGUGAAGGGGAAGGACGGUGUUGGAGCUACUAUGGACUCUAUGGAGCUGGAGAGACAGAGAGGCAUCACCAUCCAGUCAGCUGCUACAUACACUGUGUGGAAGGAUCACAACAUCAACAUCAUUGACACACCAGGUCACGUGGACUUUACCAUCGAAGUGGAGCGAGCGCUGCGUGUGCUGGACGGAGCCGUGCUUGUCCUGUGUGCGGUGGGGGGAGUCCAGUGCCAGACCCUGACAGUGAACAGACAGAUGAAGCGCUACAAUGUCCCCUUCGUCACCUUCAUCAACAAGCUGGACCGCAUGGGCGCCAACCCCAGCCGAGCCCUGCAGCAGAUGAGAACCAAACUAAAGCAAAACGCAGCCUUCGUGAACAUCCCCAUGGGCCUGGAGGGGAACAUACGCGGCAUCAUCGACCUUGUAGAGGAGCGGAGCAUAUAUUUCGACGGACCUUUUGGUGAAAAUAUCCGCUAUGAUGAGAUCCCGGCAGAUUUCCGCGCUGAGGCUGCAGACCGGAGGCAGGAGCUGGUGGGGUGCGUGGCUGACUCUGAUGAAAUCUUGGGAGAGAUGUUCUUGGAAGAAAGUAUUCCAACCAAUGACGAGCUGAAGGCUGCAAUCCGCAGGGCCACAGUGCAGCGUCUCUUCACUCCAGUGUUGGUGGGCACAGCGUUGAAGAACAAAGGCGUGCAGCCCCUACUGGACGCUAUGCUGAAUUACAUGCCGAACCCCACUGAAGUAAAUAACUAUGCGAACCUUAAUGAUGAAGAUGGCAGUGAAAUAUCAAAGAUUCAAAUGGACCCUUCCAGAGACUCUACAAACCAGUAUGUUGCUCUGGCCUUCAAACUGGAGGCGGGGAGAUUUGGUCAGCUGACGUAUGUGCGGGUAUACCAGGGCUGUCUGAAGAAGGGGGAGUACAUCUACAACACACGCACAGGCAGGAAAGUCAAAGUUCAGAGGCUCGUGCGCCUCCACUCUGACCAGAUGGAGGAUGUGGAUGAGGUUCAUGCAGGAGAUAUUUGUGCUCUUUUUGGGAUCGACUGUGCCAGCGGAGACACUUUUACAACCAAGGCCGACACUAACCUCUCCAUGGAAUCUAUUCACGUCCCAGAGCCUGUCAUUUCCAUGUCAAUAACUCCAACCAACAAGAUGGACCUGGAUAAAUUCUCCAAAGGUAUGAGCCGUUUCACCAGGGAAGAUCCGACGUUUCGAGUGCAUUUUGACAACGAGAGCAAAGAAACCAUCAUCUCAGGAAUGGGCGAGCUUCAUCUAGAAAUCUACUCCCAGAGGAUGGAGAGAGAAUACAACUGUGCCUGUUUGCUGGGAAAGCCCAAAGUGGCUUUCAGAGAGACGAUCACCAGUCCUGUCGAUUUUGAUUUCACUCAUAAGAAGCAGAGCGGCGGCUCCGGGCAGUAUGGUAAAGUUAUCGGAGUCAUUGAGCCUCUUGAGCCAGAGCUUCAGACCAAGCUGGAGUUUGUAGACGAGACAGUUGGAACCAACAUCCCGAAGCAGUUCAUACCAGCGGUUGAAAAGGGCUUCAUGGAGGCCUGUCAGAAGGGACCCCUGAGCGGGCACAAGAUCUCCGGAAUCAAGAUCAUCCUGGAAGAUGGAGCGCAUCACAUAGUGGACUCAAACGAGAUCUCCUUCAUCCGUGCAGGAGAGGGCGCUCUAAAACAAGCUAUGCAAAAAGCCGACACUGCCAUCCUGGAGCCGGUUAUGUCUGUGGAAGUCGUGUCACCUGUGGAGUUUCAGGGAGUAGUCAUCGCUAGUAUAAACCGCCGGCAUGGUGUCAUCAAAGAGCACGAAGAAUCUGAUGGAUACCUCACUCUGUGCGCUGAUAUUCCACUAAACGAGAUGUUCGGCUACUCCACAGAACUACGCUCCUGCACUGAAGGCAAAGGGGAGUACACCAUGGAGUACAGCAGAUACCAGCCCAGCCUGUUAUCCACACAAGAGGAACUCAUCCACAAAUACUUGGAGUCUACAGGGCAGCUGUCUGCAAAGAAGACCAGUUCAAAGAGCUAAAACAUUUUCUACCCAAUUCAACUGGACUUUUUAUGACCACCGUCCCUCAUCUUUACUAACAUCAACCGUGACGCCACGAUAAGGUUUUGAUCUUUGGAGCCACCAAAAACUGACAUUUUACUUUUAUUUUGUAGCAAUUCUGUUUGACCCUCUGUUGAAAACAUAUUUAUUACCUUUAUUUUAGCAACAUUUGACCUUGUUGGUAAGGAAAACUCACUGUUUGAGCUUCUAUUGGCUUUUGUACCAUGUACAGAAUGCUGCUUAUGUAAUAAUGUCUGCAACAAAGAUAUAUAUCUGUCUCUUAAAGGUGUAGUUAUUGUUUUGUGCAGAUCACUUAUGUCUCAACAACUUCUUACACACACUUCAUUCUUGGAAACCCCAGUUUUUCUUGUACAGCAGCAAACUGUGUGGCAAGUUGUAGAUGUUUCACAUGAGCAAUGCAAUUGAUUCGCUACAAAACAAAUAAAAAAAAACAGCCAAAUCUUUUGUUUGGAUCUUA